CAGACUGGCUGUAAUGAUUUUUGUGCAGCCGAUUUUGUCAUUUUUGUGAACACUUUCAGAUAAUUUGAGAUUACAGUCUGCACACAUCAUUUGUAUCAGGCAAAUCGGCGAAAUCGCUGAAAUAGCCACAUUUGUUGGCUACUGCCCCGUGAGUCAGUUGGGCAAUUUUAUACCGGAUUCGGUAUAGAGCGUGUGUGUGUUCAGUGAGGGAAUUUGGUCAGCUGAAUCACUCGCCUUGGUACGAAGUUCUCAAGUCUAUUUUCAUUUUUGAAGUUUCUAAAACUGCAUCGAAUUUCUGAAAACUGUUGGACAGUGGACGCAGGUGUAGCAUUAGUGUUCUUAUGACGCGCUAAAUUGAUAAUAUAUUUAUCACAGUUCAUACUUCAUAUAGUUUUAUUCGUGCACAUAAAUAAGUAGUUAGUACUCUGUAGUACACUUACAAAUUCGGGAAUGCUGAACAUUACGGUUUCCACCCGUGCAGUAAACUUGGCGCUGUAUUUCUUGUUGCUGGCCAUACUGGUUCACUGGAAAUGCUAUUUCACUGUUUUGUGCAUUUGGCUUAAUCUCCUCUUUUGGAACUCAUCAUUCAACAAAUUUGAUGGCUUUUUACCGGAAAGAAUUGCCAUAUUCAGACGACGAGAGUGCAGAGCGUUCAAAGGUGUCGUGGCCGUGGCCAUCCAGACCUUCUUACGGGCUAAACGUAAUCAGUCGAUAUCCCGAGUUGUCGAAACUGCUGUUCAGAGAUAUGGAAAAAAAGCCAUUUUUCGCUACGAUGGCAAAGAGUGGACACUGGAGGAAAUUGAUCAGUACGCCAACCAAGUUGCACACUAUUUCUCCACGGUGGAAAAACUGGAGAAAGGCGAAUGUGUGGCGCUUUUGGCUACCGCAUGUCCUCAGUAUGUGGCAAUUUGGUUGGGAUUGAAUAAAAUUGGCUGCAUUACCGCGCUCAUUAACUGCAACCUGAAAGACGAACCGCUGCGCCAUGCCAUCACCGUCGCCAAGUGCAAAGCAACCAUUGUAGGUGUGGAUUUGUUCUCCACGUAUUGGCGUUGUGAAUCAACUUCCCGAUACUUCCAAAAACCUUGCCGGCUACGCAGUUUGAAUUAUUCCUGGUUCGAUAAGGAGAUUGAGAAGAUGCUGAAGACCAAGCCGGUAGUGGACAAUCCACCGGGAUAUUUCGAUACAGUUUGCUAUAUUUUUACUUCGGGAACUACCGGCUUACCGAAACCCUGUGUGAUAACUUCGCAUCGGAUGUAUGCGUAUAUUAUAUCGCACCAUUAUAUUCUAGACGUCCGAAGCGACGAUGUUCUGUAUUGCACACUGCCGCUGUAUCACAGCGCUGGAGGAGUUGUUGCCGUAGGUCAGGGUUUGAUAUUUGGCACGACGGUUGUGAUGCGAAAACAAUUUUCGGCUUCAAAAUUUUGGCCGGACGUGGUCAAGAAUAAAUGCACCGCAUUCCAGUAUAUUGGUGAACUGUGCCGAUAUCUGCUAGCGCAACCAUUUCAUCCCGCCGAAAAGGAGCACUCGCUUCGCUUAGUUUACGGUGUCGGUCUGCGUCCGCAGAUUUGGCGGGAAUUUGCCGGGCGUUUCAGUAUCCCGCGCAUCAUCGAAUGCUACGGCUCCACGGAAGGCAAUACCGGCUUCACCAACAUUGAUGGUAGGCCGGGCGCGGUGGGCUUCACAUCGCGCAUCGUGGAAGCGGUCAAGAAACAGUUCUUCAUCAAAGUGGACGCCGUCACCGGGGAACCGAUUCGGGACGCUGAAGGCUUGUGCAUCCGGUGUAAAGCCAACGAACCCGGAGAACUAGUGGGUCAGAUCACGAGCGGGAAGUUCAAUUCAUUUGACGGAUAUUUGCAAAAAGACGCGACACAGAAGAAAUAUAUCGAAAACGUGAAAAAACCUGGGGAUGUGUAUUUUCGAAGCGGGGAUAUUAUGGUGUACGAUGACCUGGGCUAUGUGUAUUUUAUGGACAGAAUCGGUGAUACGUAUCGAUGGAAAGGUGAAAAUGUGUCGACAUCGGAAGUGGAAGGUGUAAUAAGCCGGUUGUUGGAUGAUGUCAACGUGGCCGUUUUUGGCGUAGAAAUCCCGGGUUGCGAAGGACGGGCGGGCAUGGCCUGCAUCGGGUGCAGUGACGCCAGAAUUGAUUUGCGUACGCUUAGUGAGCAAGUAACCAAACGCUUGCCGGCGUAUGCCCGUCCAUUGUUUUUGCGGUUCUUAUGUGAAUUAAGCACAACAGGUACGUUUAAAAUCCAAAAAGCCGCUUUGAAAGACGACAGUUACAACGUGACUCGAACCGCUGAUCCUGUUUACUUCUGGAGUAAUAAAUCUGCGAAUUACGAGAAACUCCAUUCCGAGCAAUACGAAGAAAUACUACGAGGGCGAAUCCGAUUCUGAUUAGAAAUAGUUUUGACCACUAUUGCGAGACAGUACUGCUGUUUUUGUACAUACCUAUUUAUAGCAACCUUGUCAUUUCGCAAAAGGAAACAUCUAAUUCGCACUAGUUAUUGUGUUGUUUCAAGUUGUUAACAUUAGGAAAAUUGCAAAAUUGGUUCAAAUGGGGACCAAAUUUGUUGCAUUGAGCUGUACGAAACUAUGAAG